AGAAUAGAAAUAGUGGAAAAAACACAAGCUCAUACUAAUAAAGAAGUAAUUGAUGCUCUGAAUGAAGCAAUAGAUAAAAGGGAAGAGGGAAUCAUGAUAAAACAUCCUCUAUCCAUUUAUAAGCCAGACAAAAGAGGUGAAGGAUGGUUAAAAAUUAAACCAGAGUAUGUAAACGGCCUCAUGGAUGAACUGGACAUCAUAAUUGUCGGGGGCUAUUGGGGUAAAGGUGCCCGGGGUGGAAUGAUGUCUCAUUUUUUGUGUGCUGUCGCAGAGAAGCAUGCUUCUGGUGAGAAACCGUCAGUGUUUCAUACUCUCUGUCGUAUUGGCUCAGGUUACACCAUGAAAGAACUAUAUGAUCUGGGUUUGAAACUGGCCAAGCAUUGGAAGCCUUUUCAUAAAAAAGCCCCACCAAGUAGCAUUUUAUUUGGAACAGAGAAGCCAGAAGUGUACAUUGAGCCUUGUAAUUCUGUCAUCGUUCAGAUUAAAGCGUCAGAGAUUGUUCCCAGCGACAUGUAUAAAACUGGCUGCACUUUGCGUUUUCCACGAAUUGAGAAGAUCAGAGAAGACAAAGAGUGGCAUGAGUGCAUGACUCUGGAUGACUUAGAACAACUUCGAGGGAAAGCAUCUGGAAAGCUUGCGUCUAAACACCUUUCUGUCGGUGGUGAUGAUGAACCCCAAGUAAAA